CAGAGAUUAAGACAGGGAGCUGGGAUACUGAUGAUUUAUUUACAGACAAACUGGGUUGACAUAGACAGGUGCGGACGGAUAAGUAGUACAGUCUCCACCGAGUUGAUUUGUGUUUUCUUACAGUCAUGUAUUUAAAGAUAAUAAGGCGUACGAAUAAUGGAAUUACAUGUGUUAUACAUUGACGGAAAGGCCGCGGAACGCUCUAUCGGAUGGAAGUAAGAACAACGCGACUUGAUGAUUGGAUACAAUGAAAAUAGGGAAAAAAGUGUUGUCCUUACAAAUACUCCGCCCCAAGACAAUUGGUUAUGGAGUAAUUAUUGGAUGACAAUCUUGGAGGCAGGGGGCGACCCCGUGCCCUUGUGACACUUGUUGUGGGGCAUCAUUGAGUGUAGAGUCCUUUGGUUUUGCUGGCUGACAGGAUGCCUCCCCUGGCGGUUGCCUGGGAGGUUCUACUGUGGGCUGAGGGGACCAAGACUGCGGAGAGAGCUGCAUUGUGUGUGGUGGUGGAGUGGGACAGGCCGUGGGGAUCCCCAGGUGCAGCAGCGGUGUAGGUUGGGCUGGGGAAGUCCCCAGCGCGGCAGCAACAUCCCGCGGGCAGAGUGGAACCACAGGUGAGCAGCAGCGUCAGCAGGUUGAGGAAACCCACAGGUAGCAGCGUCGGCAGGCAGGGGAGGCCCACAGGCGUGGCAGCGGUGUCGGAUGGCCGAGGAGGACUACAGGCGACGGCGUCGGAAAAGGUGAGCAGGUCCACAGGCGUGGCAUCGACGUCAGGAAGGUCGAGCGAGCCCCAGGAGCGGCGGCAGCGUCGAAGGGUUUGAAGAGGCCCACAGGCAGCGACGUCAGGGAGCCCGAGCAGGCCCACAUGUGCAGCAGCGACGUCGGGUGGGUAAAGCACGUCCCUGGGUGUAGCAGCGGCGUCAGCAGGCAGGGGAGGUUGUCUGAGGACUUGCAGGUGCAGCAAUGGCGCUGGGGUAAGAACCGAGGAGGCCCACAGGUUCGGCAGGUCGAGAAGAUAUCUGGCGUCCCCCGGGUGAGGCAACGGUGGCCGCGACGUUUGAUGGAUGUUUCUGAACCGCCGCCUGAUUUUUGUGUUGGCUGACCAGCACCCAGCUACCCGUCCGUGAAAAAUAAACGCCAAAACACGCUGGGAAGCAGUGCUGUGAUUAGUCCGUUAAUGGCAUUGGUGUCGUCCUCGCAACGGAGUUUUCAGAGACCUAAACUGUGGUGCCGUAUUGAGUCCAUUAAAGGUUCUCUGAAGGUGAGCAGCUGUAAUUAGUCAGUUGAAUGCUGGGCCUAAACCGCUGUGUCACCAAUUCCGGGAGGUCACCAGUUGUGAGGACCAGAGAUUAAGACAAGUAGCUGGGAUACUGAUGAUUUAUUUACAGACAAACUGGGUUGACAUAGUCAGGUGCGGACGAAUAAAUAGUAGUCUCACACUGAGAGCAGAAAUGACUCUGAGACAGUAGAUUUGUGUUUUUUGUGAGACAUAUAACUUAGAAUAUAAAAGUACACAAAACAUGAUCUUAUAAGAUAUAUACAUUGGCGGAAAGGCCGCGGAACGCUCUAUCGGAUGGAAGUAAGAACAAAGCGACUUGAUGAUUGGAUACAAUGAAAAUAGGGAGAAAAGCGUUGUCCUUACAACCGUAUAUGGGGAAACAACGUACACAUGCUCCUAUUGGCUCUAUUGUGAUGUCAUUCCAUUUGAGGAAGAAGAGCAUCAACAACAACUCGCCAUUUGCUUUUACUUAUUCCUCCGCAUCUCUGUUUACCAGGUAAGAAAAUAAAAUUUUUUGCAUGUUCAUUGUGAUUUUUUGGGGUUUCUAAUAUAGUGUGUUGUAACCAUGAAUAUGGCGUGAUUCAUUUGAUAGUAGAUUUAAUGGUGAAAAUAGUCAUAUUUAGACUUAUUUGAGAGAACUAAAGAUCAGCCUUUCAAAAUUUUUGCCAUGAAGUGGCGUGAAGAAAAUCAAGCAUGGCAUGGGAAAAACCCGUAUGGGGAAAGACCGUACGGCCAAAUUUUUGAAGUGGUAGUGAAACUAAAAGAAUAACAAAUUUUAAAAAAUAAUUGCACAUUUGAAAUAAGAUCAAGAUAAAAGCCACAUGCGAAACAGUGAAUAAUAAACGAGUACAAGUGAGUGAUUUGGAAGGGUAAAGUUCCGGGUUAUUUUUAUCAGUGUUUUUAUGUGCUACCAGUGUUAAUAUGGCAUCUAAAUGUGCAACAACCAACAUAAGACAUUUGUAUGUUGUAUGAAAUUGAUAAUAUGAGAUAGGCUAAUUUUACAAAAUUGAAAAAAAUUAGUAGUAUGGGGGAACACCAAACGGAUGAGAGGUAAGGCGUACUGUUACCCAACAUUCAUUUAUUCAUUUUUUUCUGAAUUUUCAAUUAUUUGGCGAAACCUAAUGGGUUUUACUCUCUUCCAGAUUCCACCAACACUCGUCCAUCAUGCCAAGAAAUAUGUGCACACCAGUAAGAAACAGCUGAUGAGAUAUUUGUAAGGGCACAGGUAUCGGAGCAGCCACUACUACAGAACCUUGCAUAGAAGUUUCUCAGACUCCUUCUGCUAUUGGAGAGGAGCUACCAACUUUGGCGCAGGACUUGGAGGUAUCUCCAACUCUACCACCCAAGCAGAGGCAGUGCACCUAUGUCAGGUCAUCCCCUAGUGAUCCUUCCUGCAGCACCCCAAGACCUUCAACCUCUUCCAGCAGUGGUGACAUCUCUGAGGUCACCCCAAAAAGUGUCCGGCCUUACUCUUUAAGGCUCCUCCCCGUCCUUAUGGCAAGGGACGAAAAAGGGUCCGUGCCUGCCCUGCAUUCUCACCGAAAGAAUGAAGAAGUCAUCUCUGAUCUGCGGACCAAAGAUGAAAAGAAGAAGGCAGAGGAAAAGAUGAUGGGAGCAGGGAAAAAAGGCAAAAUGAGAAGGUGGGCUGUCCCUAAACUCCUAGACAGUGAUGAGGAGGAUGACCCUGCAGUGUCACUCAUGCUGGAUGAUUCCUCUGAAAAUUCCAGUGAGCUGGAGGGGGACAUGGAAGCAGGUGGGCCUUAUCCCUUUGCAGUGAAGGAACCAGAGAUUGGGGACUUUGCUGACUGAGCUUGAGAUCAAAGAGGGGAGGAAGAGUGGGGGCACCUGUUCCUUUUGUUUGUAAGAUGAUGAACAUUAAGGAAGGGAAAUAUGAGAUGUCCUUCCUCUGCAUGAAGACUUGUUUCCCAAGGACACUUUCUCGUUCCCUGCAGUUGAAGAUGAAAAUGUGGAGGUUGUGCAGUGUAAGGGUGUCCUGACCACUGUGAAGGGCUGCACCUAGAGGCAGGAAAGUGGCAACCCUAAUAACGGUUGCCCCUCCACUGAACUCCUUUAUUAUGCAGUAGGGUAGGAUGUAAAUAAUCUGUAC